AAUCAAAAUAAACGUUGUAAAAAAAAACCGAAAAACGAUGUACACCAAAUUACAACAAAAAAAUGUUUAAAUUGUAUUUAAUAUGUAAUAAAUUAAUGAAAUUGUGCCUCAUAUAACAUACAAAAUAUCAUGUCGAUAUGUAUUCAGUGAGGGUAGUGUCUUCUUGACCGGGCUCUUGCACUAUAUAAAGUCUAUACUAGUACAACUUUAAUAAUGGCGUGUAGUUAUGUGUAUUGUUCUUUGCACCCAACAAAUUGAAACUAAAUCAACAACCCCUCGAAAAAAAUAAAUACUUCUCCAAAACAAUUAAAAAAAAAAAUUGUUCCUAAUUUUUUUUUAAUUUUUUUAUUUUGUGCAAAAACUGUUUAAUACCCUACAUAAAAUAAUAUCCCCAUAGAUAAUACCUUUUUCGAAGAAAAUUGGUAAAUUUAUUACAAAACUGAUUUUUCUCUUUUUUUAAGUGUGCGAAAUUUUUUUUUGUGUUUUAAUCUUAUUGUGAGUGAUGCUGUGAUAAAUUGUGAUUUUGAUUUUUGUGACACCGAACUCAAAAAAGAAAAAGACGUUCAACUUUCGUGAACAAUUUUUUUUUCUAACAAGGGACUAAAAGAUUUGAAAACGUCACAUCAAGUUGUAAAUAUAAGGAAAAUAGUUGUAAAGCAAAUUGUAGCGCAAUGUUCUGAAUGCAGGGUGACAUAAAGUGGCAUGCAAAAAGCUGGGCCAACCCGCGAGCUAGCGGACGCAAAAAAAAUAUCACGUUUGACACACGGUGUAUCCGGAGCAAUAGCUACAGGUGCCACUGCCCGUCACGGGCUCAUCUCUGGCACAAACAUGCACUCAUCACGUCAUUCUGUUAGCUCAAGUUCGGGCGUCCUAAUGGUCGGCCCUAAUUUUCGUGUUGGUAAAAAAAUUGGUUGUGGAAAUUUUGGUGAAUUACGUUUAGGAAAAAAUUUGUAUAAUAAUGAACAUGUAGCAAUUAAAAUGGAGCCUAUGAAAUCAAAGGCUCCACAAUUACAUCUAGAAUAUAGAUUUUAUAAAUUAUUGGGAACACAUGAUGGAGUUAUUGAAGGUAUACCCCGCGUAUAUUAUUUGGGUACAUGUGCUGGGCGUUGGAAUGCAAUGGUUUUGGAAUUAUUAGGAGCCAGUCUUGAAGAUUUAUUUGUAACAUGUAAUCGACAUUUUAAAUUAAAAACUGUUUUAAUGAUUGCAAAUCAAUUAUUGCAUCGUAUAGAAUAUGUACAUAGUCGUCAUCUUAUAUAUCGAGAUGUAAAACCUGAAAAUUUUCUUAUUGGAAGAAAUACUACAAAACGAGAUAAAAUCAUUCAUAUUAUUGAUUUUGGUUUAGCAAAAGAGUAUAUUGAUUUAGAGACAAAUAAACAUAUACCAUAUCGAGAACACAAAUCACUAACAGGUACAGCGCGUUACAUGAGUAUAAACACACAUUUAGGUAAAGAACAAUCACGGCGUGAUGAUCUAGAAGCAUUAGGACACAUGUUUAUGUAUUUCUUGCGUGGUUCAUUGCCAUGGCAAGGUUUAAAAGCGGAUACGUUAAAAGAACGAUAUCAAAAAAUUGGUGAUACCAAACGAGCAACACCUAUUGAGGUAUUAUGCGAAGGACAACCUGAAGAAAUGGCUACAUAUUUACGUUAUGUAAGACGUUUAGAUUUUUUUGAAACACCUGAUUAUGAAUAUUUAAGACGUUUAUUCCAAGAUUUAUUUGAUAAAAAAGGUUACGUUGAUGAUGGUGAAUUUGAUUGGACAGGAAAAACUAUGUCAACACCUGUUGGUUCACUACAAACGGGUCAUGAAAUUGUUGUCUCACCAAAUAAAGAGCUAAAUAGAGAUCGAAAGUAUACAAGUGGAGGUAAUAAAGGUGUUUCAGCCUGGACGGAUAUACCAAAACAAAAUACACUCGGCAAUUUAACACCCGCAGAUAGACAUGGCUCUGUACAGGUUGUGAGUUCAACUAAUGGUGAAUUAAACACAGAUGACCCAACAGCUGGCCAUAGUAAUACCCCAAUAACACAACCACAAGAAGUAGAAAUUGUCGAUGAAACAAAAUAUGAAUAUAAAUUAUUACAAGAUUUAUCGAUUUUUUUUAGAUGCUGUUGUUUCUUUAAACGUAAGAAGAAAAAAUCAGGUCGACAAAAAUGACUAACAGCAGCUCAACAUACACCUGAACGAGAAGCUGUUACAUUAUUACGUGCAACAUCUCAGUCCAAUUCACGUGAUUCAGGCCUUCAUGCUGGCGCAUUAACUCCAACACCUACUUUACCCCUAUAAUAAUAAAUAAAAACAAAUACAUAUAGACAUCUUUAUCUAUAUAUAUAUAUAAAUAAAUCAGAACAAAUAUCUCUUUAUCUCAUUCUAUCCUCUUCACCUCACCUUACUCUCUAUCCUUCUUUAUCUUCUAACUUUAUCCUUAUCCGAAUCAUCGCCCUUAUUUCUUCUAACAUAUAUGUAUCAUACUACAGGCAGACGUACCAAAACCAUGAGUUAAAUCUUUUUUUUGUGUACAGACACUACAGAGUGUUUAAAAAUUUCACGAUACUAUUUUAGGAGCAUGUUCUCUAGGUCAAAAUAAACAGAAAGUUCAUAUAAACAUAUACUCGAAAAUAAUUUGUUAGCGAAAUACAGGAGGUUAAAGAUUUGUUUUUUAAAGUGUUAAUCAAGUGUGAAAUUAUUUAGUCGUGGUUUUAAGAAACUUUAAAUCAAUAAAUUAAUAUUUUUAUUUCUUUGACAGUAACAAACACUGCUUGAAUAAAUAUAUUGCCCCGCAAAAAAAAGUUUUAAAUUUUCUCGAAAUUUCAGACAGGUAUAUUUCGACAAAAAAUGAUGGGAUCUGAAUGAAAUAUAUAUGAUCCGAUAACUUGCACUUAUUAGUUUUUGAAUAAAUAUCUCAAACAUUUUAAUCAUC